GAUUCAUUGUGACUAUAAAGGGCAACUCUAGCCCAGGGAGAAGUCACAGUGAUAUGCUUAGUCCGAGCAGUUUCUUUCUGAGCAACGAUGAGAGUGUGUAUACUGCAUUUGUGGCUGAUCUCGCUCCUAAGAAGCUCCUUCAGUGAAGAAUGUAGCCAGGAGCUAAGGCUGAAUGUGGACUUCCCUGGCAGUGAUGUGCUGCAGAUCUACUCCCCUGAUGUGCUCCACUGCCAGGGGGCUUGCAGCCAACAUCACUCAUGCCAGUUCUUCACCUUUGUCAGGCCUGACUGGACCAGAGACGACAGGCACUUCUACUGUUACCUGAAGCACACAGAAUCUGGGGCCCCGUCUCAAGAGACUGAGCUGGAUGGGGUGACCUCAGGCUAUUCUCUUAAAAACUGCGAAGAGAAGACUGAUACAUGUUUGUCAUCUGUCUAUCAGGAUGUGGACUUCUAUGGAGCCGACUAUCGCACACUGUUCACUGCAGACUAUAAGGAGUGCCAGAGAGCCUGUACAUCAGAUCCAGGCUGUCAGUUCUUCUCCUGGCUGAAUGAUGACUUCGCCAGACCCCAGUACAAAUUCAAAUGCCACCUGAAGUUCAGCUGGUCAGUUCCAAAACCCCCAGCGCUGAAGAUCCUGAGUGGGGUUGUGUCAGGCUUCUCCCAAAAACUCUUCCAGAUCACCACUAAACAGUGUGAAGUGUGUCGGAGUGUGUCGGAGAUCUUCACAAAUACAGAUUUCCCCGGUCAUGACUUUGAGCAGAUUCCUGCUGUGUCUGCUGAGCACUGCCAGUUCCUCUGCUCUGUCCAUCCAAGAUGCACCUACUUCUCUUAUACCACCAGCCGAUUUAUCACCGGGGAUCAAAAGCAAAAGAUGCUUUGCUUCCUGAAGCAUUCAGAAGACGAGAAGCCUAUGCAGAGAAAAGAAGAGGUGCAUUCUGGAAUGCCAUCACGCUUCUGUGAACUCUCUAGGGACUGGGUCACAGUUCGUUAUGAGAACACAGAUUUCCCUGGCUUUGACAUCCGCUACGUGAAGCUGGAUGAUCCAGACUCCUGUGAGACUCUAUGCACAGCUGACCCACACUGCCAGUUCUACACCUAUGUCUUUACAUCUUUCUACGAGCCUGACUACAGGAGGCGCUGUUUCCUAAAGCAGGUCAUCACUAUGCCUGUGCCACGUAAAGUGGCGUCCCUGAAAGGGGUGGUGUCUGGCUUUACUCUGAGGGGCUGCAGUGAUCCUAAACCAGACGAGCCUACAAAAGGUCCUGCAAUGUGAAUUGUGAACAUGGCAGACAGCAAAGAACUCCACUGUGUGGAGUGGAGUUUCAUCCAAGUCCAAUGUUUUCAUAUACUGGGACAACUACAGUCCUCUGACAAAGUAUUAUUCAUUUGUUCAUUAACGUUUUGUUUCAGGCUCUGUUUUUAAAGUCAUGUGUCGUGCCAUGCUGUGUCUUUGCAUACAGACACACAUCACAUACCUACAUUAAUAUAGAUGGACAUACAGUGUCUAUACAUACAGACACACAUCACAUACCCACAUUAAUGGGACAUACAGUGUCUAUACAUACAGACACACAUCACAUACCCACAUUAAUGGGACAUACAGUGUCUAUACAUA